AUGGCUUCUUCUUCAGACGCACCGCUCGCAACUCUCCAUCCCGACCUCUUUCACGCUCACAUCCUCAGUCGUCUGACGGUCCGUCUCUCUCGCCUCUCGCCUCCUCUCUGUUCCGCCGCCUGUGCCUCCACGACUCUCUCUGGCGUCAAAUCUGCACUGCCACGUGGCCCUCCCUCCGUGACCCCAGUCUCCGUUCCGUCAUCUCCGACUUCCCCGCCGGCCACCGUUCCCUUUUCCUCGACUCCUUCCCCACCCUCCAUCGCCCAUGUUCUCCAAGUCCAUCGGACCCAGACUCACACGGGUUGGUUCGAGUGCUCCCCUCUGUGGAUCGACCUGCUUGGCGCGAAAGAAUCUGUUCCGACGCCGCUUAAAUACGCCAGCAAGGACGAGGAUUGGAUGAAGCACCUGGAGGAAAACUUGAGCCUCAGCUGGAUCCUGAUCGAUACAUCCCGGAAUCGUGCGGCGAAUCUGUCGAGCCGCAGGCCGGUGUCGGCGCAGCGUCACUGGUUGACCGGAGAGCUGGAGCUCGUUUACGCGGUGGUGAUCGCGUGCGAUGAAAGGCCGUCGGAGUGGGUCCAAUGCAACAUAAAGGUGACGUGCACGUGCGGCGAGGAGGUUGGAGGGGAGAUGCGAGUGAAAGAGGUGAGCUUGACGGUGGAAGACACCGACGGAAGGAGUGUGAGCGGGAAGCAGAGCAUGGCGAUUCUGCAGAGCGCGGUUGAAAGCGGGAAGAGGAGAAAGGUGAAUGAGGAAGAAGCAAAGGCGAGGUUCGAGGAGUUCUUAUCCGUCAAGAGAGACAGGAGGGAGAAACAAGAGAGGAGGGAUCAGGCACUGGACAUGGUUUUGAUUGUCGUUGUCGUCACCAUGUUCGCUUUCUUGUGCUGGUUCUUCUUCUUCUGA